AUGGUGAUCUCUCCCUACGUCUGUGCCUUUAGCACUGGAUGCUGUCUGUCCAUCCUGCUCAUAUCUGGUACCGAUGCCAACCCAGAGACACCUGUCAACUCUGCUCUGUCCCUUGUUAGCAGCAGCAUCAGCUCCAUCAUUUACUCUUUUACUACAUCAGAUAACAUUGAUAUGAGAAGAGCCUCAAACUGGUUGUCCACAGUGUGCUGCAGGACACUCCUGAGGAAUGCCUUCUCCGUCUACAUCCUCAACCUGGCUGGAGCCGACUUCCUUUUCCUUGGUGUCCAUGUUGCUAGGUCCCUGGAGCAAAUCAUCAAGUCCAUCUUCAGCCAUGACAAGAAGGAAUUCAUCCCAUUUUUCUUCACCACUGUGUUGAACUUCACCUAUAUCACAGGCCUGAGCAUUCUCAGUGCUAUUAGCACUGAGCGCUGCCUGUCGGUCCUGUGCCCCAUCUGGUACCAUUGCCACCGCCCAAGGCAUCUUUCAACAGUCACAUGCACCCUGCUCUGGUCCCUGUCCCUGCUGAUGAGCAUCCUAGAAGGCAAAUAUUGUGCUUUCCUGUUCACAGGUUCUAACUAUAAGUGGUGCCAGGUAUUUGACUUCCUCCUGUUCGCAUGGCUGAUUGUUUUAUUCAUUGUUCUCUCUGGGUCCAGCCUGAUGCUGGUGGCCAGGAUUCUCUGCAGUUCCAGAAGGACACGGCUAACCAGUCUCUACAUGGUCAUCCUGCUCACCACUCUGGCCUUCCUGCUCUUUGGCCUUCCCUUCGGCAUUUACUGGUUCCUCUUAUUCUGGAUUGAAAAUUAUUUAAAAUCAUUAUUUUGUGAUAUUCCUUUGGUUUUACUUGUUUUGUCAGCUAUUAACAGCAGCAUUAAUCCAAUCAUCUACUUUCUAGUUGGCUCCUUCAGAAAGCGACAGUGGCGUCGGCAGAGGCAAACCCUCAGGCUGGUUCUCCAGCGGGCUCUGCAGGACACUACUUAG